UCACCAUCAUCUGUGGGAAAGGAAGCUGCAGCCUCUCUCGCCUCUUCCCCAGCGGUGAGCAGCGGCUUCCCCUGGCUCCAACGGCUCUAACACAACCGCCUGUGAUUAAAAAAAAUGUCUGAGGAAGAACCAAACAUGUCGACAGGGAGGAAAAUAACAUUAAGUGAAAACACACUCUUUGGGAUGGGAAAUCCCUUGCUUGACAUUUCAGCUGUCGUGGACAAAGAUUUCCUUGACAAGUUUGGCCUGAAGCCUAAUGACCAGAUCCUUGCUGAAGACAAACACAAAGCCUUGUUUGAAGAAAUUGUCAAGAGAAGCAAAGUCGAGUACCAUGCUGGGGGUUCGACCCAGAACUCAGUGAAAAUCGCUCAGUGGAUGAUCCAGAAGCCCCACAAGGUUGCUACCUUCUUUGGCUGCAUCGGGACAGAUCACUUUGGGGAGAUCCUGAAGAAGAAGGCAGAGGAAGCACAUGUCGAUGCGCAUUACUACGAACAAAACGAGGAGCCGACUGGUACCUGUGCAGCCUGUAUCACUGGAGACAAUAGGUCCCUCGUUGCUAACCUGGCAGCGGCGAACUGCUACAAAAAGGAAAAACACCUGGACUUGGACAGCAACUGGGAGCUAGUGAAGAAAGCCAAGGUCUAUUAUAUUGCGGGGUUUUUCCUGACUGUGUCCCCAGAGUCGAUCCUGAAGGUGGCGAAGCACGCUUCAGAUAACAACAAAAUCUUCUGUAUGAACCUCUCAGCGCCUUUCAUCAGCCAGUUCUUUAAAGAGCCCUUGAUGCAGGUCAUGCCCUACGUCGACAUCUUGUUUGGCAACGAGACGGAGGCAGCUACAUUUGCCAAAGUGCUGGGCUUUGAGACAGAGGACAUUGCAGAGAUUGCAAACAGGACCCAAAACCUCCCCAAGGACAAUACAAAGAGGCAGCGAGUGGUGGUCUUCACCCAGGGCAAGGACGACACUGUUGCAACAGUUGGUGAGAAGGUGACCAUGUUCCCCGUCGUGGACAUCGACCAGAAUGACAUCGUGGACACUAACGGAGCAGGAGACGCCUUUGUUGGAGGAUUCCUCUCUGCAUUGGUCCAAGAGCACCCACUGGAGGAGUGCAUCCGGGCCGGACACUACGCCGCCAAUGUCAUCAUCAGACGGGUCGGAUGCACCUUCCCAGACAAGCCAGACUAUCAAUGAUCCAUCCGACUAUGCAUCUGUUGUCUUUUCCACAGGAUACUUGUAUAUGUAUGAUUCAGGAAUUUAUGUACAAUUUUUUUCUAUCUACAGUAACUGACUUCAUGAGACUUAAUGGUAAAGCUUGAAUAUUUAAUCAAACUCAGAUGUUUUAAUACAAUUCAAACACUGUACUGCAUUCAAAUAUUGGAAUUGGACUAUUGUAAUUAUAUAUGGGAGUAUUCUAAUGAAAA